GACAAGCCCGGACACACACCACCGACGCACCGCCGGACAGACGAUGCUCGGUCUGCGAAGGCUAUCGGGGACCGGGACUCACUGACAGGCGUCAGCGGGGACGGGACGCUCCUCCGGGAUCAGGUCACCGGCGAUCCGCCGCGUUUAACGAACCGCUCCGCGUUCAAAAUAAGCAUCACAAUCCCACCUGUCAGCGCCAGAUCUGUCAGCAUUUCUCCGCAGAUUUCUCGGGAAUGGCCGCGACUCUGGAGGAUGAUCUGACAUCAGCCGCAGCGAAGGGAAACGCUGCAGAUGUGGAGGAUCUGCUGCUGGCCGGAGCCGAAGUGAACGGAGCGAACAGAUUUGGACGCACGGCGUUGCAGGUGAUGAUGAUGGGCAGCACGCCGGUGGCUCAGGUCCUGCUGAAGCACGGAGCGGAUCCCAACGUGGCGGACAGAAGCACCGGGGCGACUCCGCUGCACGACGCCGCCAGGACGGGCUUCCUGGACACGGUGCGGCUGCUGGUGCACUUCGGGGCCGACCCGCGGGCCCGGGACCACGCGAACGACGUGCCCGCGGACCUGGCCGCGCAGCACGGCCACGAGGACGUGGCGUCUUUCCUGCAGACUCUGUGAAAAGCGAGGCCCGCCCGGUGAGGAGCGGGGAACUCUGAGGAGCGGGGCCUCGCGAGGCCUGCGGCACCAAAACACGCACGUGGAUUUAUUUGUUUCUGUCUGGAAAGGCGUCAUUACGUCAUCCUUAACGAAAUCAGGGUUUUGACAGAACGUGGAAAAGUAGGGUAAGAUCAUCAAGGAUCCACUUUUUUACACGCCGCUUUUCUUAACUUCUCUCUGAUGUUUCAGUCUGUGAUACCUUUUAUUCUGGAUUUUGUAAAGUGUUUCGUUUUUUUUGCCGUCAGACGUAAUAAUAGUGCAUUUUUAACAUAUUUCAUGUCAGAUAUUUAAACAAAUAAUGCCUAAAGCCAUUUGAGGGGGGAAAAUGUUUUGCACACUUGAGCGUUGAGCCGAUGCACUAUUUUUAUCUCUGAGCUGCAGAGACUUUGAGCCCCAUUUCCUGUUUGAUAUUUAGAUCUGGCUUAUUAUGCACUUUAAUAAACAUUCAUUUCUGUAUAAGCUGGUAAAAAAAUACUGGGCUUCGGAUUGUUGGAGGUAGUGGUGUAAGUACAUUGUUUUUUUUUAAAAAAAGGUUUAACUUUCGUUUUGAAUUCACUCUGACGGUGUUUGAAUAGCAGGCCCAGUUUAACCUGCAUGUUCUAAACAGGUUUUACAGGCAACACGUUAUCCUGCCUGCAAGGUCAUGAUCAUGUGCAUAUCAGGCCUCAGGUGACUCCACUGUUAAGAUUAUACAAACAUUUAUUUAAAAUCUAAAUAGAGACUUGGCAUUAGGAGACGUCUGGUGCGUGAUUUUUAUGUGGACACAAUAGUUCACCACAAGACUCUAUGUUGCAUAGUUGUGCUAUUAAAACAAAAACCAACUGGCAUCAAAUAAAACAUUUCCUGUACACAGAGACACUUAUAUUAAUAGAUCAGUGAUAUUUUCGUGGACUGCCAGAUCAAUAAUGCUUCGAGCAGAAAUAACAGCAGACUCAAUGAUUCAAGUGACUUUUAUCUGUAAAUAUAAUUUAAGAUAGAAAUAUAAUUUAACAUAGAAAUAUGUAUCAGUUCGCUGAGGACUAACAAUUUGGAUAAAAUAAAGAGUGACACCGACUUGAACCUUCUUGUUGUGGACAAAGUUCUCUUACCACAGAAUAAUCUUCCACAUGGCUGACUGCUGUGUAAAAAUAACUUUCAUUAUUGUAGAAAUGAAAGGAAAGAAAUCAUCAGGACAUAAACAUGAUUAUAAAGCUAUUAAUUUUAUCUGUUAGUUAAACAUUGAUCGAGAUUUAUGUAGCCAAUCAAGUUGUAUCUCUCUGUGCAGGCAAAGGCAGAUUUUAAAUACCCUGACAUCAUUACGCUCCUGAGGGAAGCAGCUUCUUAUAUCUAACAACACAUUUAGGAGUUUUUUUUGCUUUAAAAAAAAGUAUUUGAAAGCUUGAAACAAAUAUAUUGAAUUUAACUUUAUUUCAUGUAGGGAUGUAACACAGUUCAGAUUGAAUAAAAUUACGAGAGGUAUCAUUGGUUUAGUGGUCAGGACUCCUCAUGCUCUGGGUUUGAAUCUGGGUUGGGUAGAGGAGUAUAAAAGAGAAAAACAUCUUUAGAAAUGACUGAAUUGUCAAAUAUAUUUAUUGAAACGGUGCAAGAUGCAUAUUGUUGGAAAAAAGGUAAAUGAAGACAGAAGUACAUGGUGCCUAAUCGCGUUGAGCAAUGUGCCGCUUGGCAAAUCUUCAACAAAAUGCUGACAAGAGACAUGUUCAAUCACAGGAGAACAACGUAAAGGGGAACUGAAAUCCCCACAAAUCCUUGAUGUUAUUAUCUCAGUAUAUCAAACAUGUUGACUGUGUCAUUCAGCUGUACCGCUCAGUAAAUACGAUCCUCUCAUGUUGCUAAAAACAGCCUCUAAUACUGUUAAAUGCUAAAUGCCUUUAGCAAAAAAAUGGUUUAGUGAACCAUUUUGAAUCUGUGAUCAAAGGAAAACUUAAAAAAGGUCAAUUAGCAAAAUUAGUCAUUUAACUUUAACUUUUCUGUCUUCAAUAAUAGUCAGCUUUGAGAGUAAAAGUAAGUGCUGGAACUAAGGCAGUAAGGACGGAUCCACAUGCUGCUCAAAGUGUUUUUAUUGGAUCCUGGAUCAACGGAAACAAAGACACCGACGGCUUGCAGGCAACAGAUAGAAAGAUCUGAAACAUUUCCAAACAGCAGAAGUAAAAACUUACAAAAUAUCUCCAAUCAUUUCAAGAUUUAAAUCUGCCGUUGAUCUUAUUUUGAAAUGUUUUCACCCAGACGUGUUUGGAGGUGAAAGUAAACUUUUUCCAGAGACACCGAAGGACCCGUGAAUCGGUGAGGGGAGCCUGUUUCGUGGAUUUUUGUGUGUUUUCAGUCGAGACAAAACAUCGAAACUGCUGCAUGUGCAUUAUUAAUGUGAGGCACUUUCUUGUGAUUCACUGAUGACGAAUCCACAGGCAGGGUCGGGUCUGUCGUCUGCGUCCGGGGCGGUGCGGUGCGGAGGUUGUGUCUGGAAUUCUCAUCCUGCUUUCAUGUCGGAUCCACGUUCAGUGUUUGGGCAACAUGACUGAAGACUGUGCCAUUGACUGAAAGCAGAAAAGAAGAAAAACGGCCUUUCAGCUUCCUCUGUGUGUCACUGAAUGGAGAUAAAAUGGUCUUUUUUUUUGGUUAUGUGUGUUUACAUCUGAGGGAGUUCAUUAUCCUACUGAAAAACAUGAGUCAUUUAAUUCUGGUUUUCCUUCACUGUGUCAAAGAUGAAGCGGUUACAAGUGUCACCUCACAGCAGACCUGAUGCGACUGUCUUCCUGUGAGGAGGGACGAGCGAUCUGUCCACGCUGGACACUGCUUCCAGCUCCAAACACCCGGAUAAAGCAGGUAUAGAAGAUGGAUGGUUGGAUACGAUUUUAAAGCACUUCAGUAAUCUCAAAGCACUUAAGUGGCGUCAUGCAUUCCCACUCUGAAAUGUUACAUUUACUUCAUAUAUUUAUGAUUUUUUUUCCAUUUCUAAUGAAAAAAAAACAAAGUUCAGACAGCAAUAAACCAUCAGUCUUCUGUACCAGCUGGGCGAUGGUCACCGACUGGCAAUAAAGACAUGAUUUGAGAUGCGUUCUUUCAAAUAACAGUGCUUUUUCUCUUGUCCAAACCGACUCCGGCUUUUUCUUCCUCUCUCUGUUUUCUAAAUGUUCCUCUGCAGCCGAGCGGUUUGCCGAGUUUUUUUGUUUUUGGUAUCGUUUCCUGUAUUGUUGUGCUUCUAAAUUCAGCCCUGUGGCCUUCAGGCGUGAAUUAAAUAAAGCCGUCUAUAAUCGAAAA